GAAGAGAUCAUCGUUUAACACAAACUUUUACAUGUACUCCAUGUUGCAUACUGCACUUCUUCUUUUUACAUUACGUUAUAUUACAUGCAUGCAAAGAGUAUAACACGUUUACGAGGGUGGUUGAACAGUGGUUCUUUACCAGACCAGACCAGGCUAAAAAAAAGUUGAUCUUCUUCUGGAGAACAUUCUUCACACCGCUCUCAAGACAAAUUCUUGGCUUUUUUUGUCCAGGAAACGCUCCAAAAGCGAUAGUGUUCGAUCGGGUGGUGGUCAACUGGUCACGGGACGGCAAAUUUUAAGAAUUUUGUGUAAUAAUGGGGGUGUAUUUUUGAAAGUGAAGUGAAUUUGUGGAGUGAAUUUGUGAAGGGGGUGGAAAAGUUGGGGAUUUGUGGAUAGUUUUUUUUUUCUGUGCGGAAGGAGAAAGAUUGGAAAGAACAACAGAUGGCUUGACUGAUGGACAAGCAGUCUCGGGAUUGGAUUAUUAUUACAUUUCCUCUUUCCAAGUUUGUUAAUUAUUAAUUCAUGGAGGGAUGGAUGUCAGCACUCCGUCUGACAAUUAAAGUUCACCAUCAGAAAUAAAUAAUAAUCAACUUGUGCAUAAUUUGGUGUAUUGUGGAAACGGAUCCGACAUGUGUUUUACAUUUAUUUGUGCGUGAAGUGUGGUGGUGUCGGCCAAUAAUAAUGAUCAGACCGAUAUUUCAUUAUUUUUUGUAGUGAAUACAUAUUUUGGACAGUUCAACGUUUCCUAAAAAUCAGUGUACUUCAUACUUUUGAACAUUACUGUUUUACGAGACGUUUCAAAAUAAGGUGGACUUCUGCCGCCCCCACCGCAGAAAUCAUGGCGUUGUCCUCCUCCUCCCACUUCUACAGGAAUCAAACUACUUAUUCCAUAUUUAUUAUUCUAACUUUAGGUUUUAUAUUUGUGAGCGGGCAAGAACCGCAGUCACACGAGUUUAACGGGUACAGACGCCCACCACAAAGAGCAGGCCGAGCCAAAUCAUUCUCACCCGUGAAGAACAAUAACAACAAGAAUAUGACCACAUCCACAAGUAGUCCGGUUGUUAACGCCACUGCUCAAAAUUUCACGUCGUCGCCCCCAGAAACGCUAGCUCUUCGCCCAGGUCGUGGUGGUGGUGGUGGUGGCGAACGUCGGAAAGGAGCCCACCCCUCCAGACGGAAAGUUAGCGUUGGUGGCUACUCGAGAACAUAUUCUGAAAAACGGUACCAAAUCAAUAGAACCCGUCACCACGAGAAGCAUUCGAACCGCACGAUUAAGACCGAAACGAAGAUAUCAUUUCAUCGAACGACACCCGGAGAGGAUUCAGGUCCCAUCGGCGUGCACAAGAUUUCCGUCCUCAACGAGACCUUUUCUUACCCCGGGGGGAAAAAUGUGUCCUCCGAGUUUAAGAAUGUGACCUAUUUCGACGGGGAGACGGAUGGGGAUCGAGGCGAAGAUAAUGUCCACCCACUCACCCAUGUCACGAAUAAAUUGUACGGAUUGUUCAAAACUGGCGAGGGGAAAGGUUAUGGGCAAAGAUCGAAUCCCUGCGAUCAAGGAUCUUGCUACCCUGCGACGGGAAAUCUCCUUAUCGGGAGGGAGAAAAGACUUACUGCCACGUCGACAUGCGGCCUUAGAAGAGAGGAACGCUACUGUAUUGUAUCACAUUUAGAAGACAAGAAAAAGUGCUUCCGCUGCGACUCGAGGAAUCACACGGUACGAAAUCCCAUCCUGAACCAUCGCGUGGAACAUGUCGUUCACCGUUUCGCCCCAGGAACGCAGCAAAGGUCGUGGUGGCAGUCGGAAAACGGGGUCGAAAACGUCUCCAUCGAACUCGCCUUGGAAGCAGAAUUCCACUUCACUCAUUUGAUCAUCACCUUCAAAACGUUCCGACCUGCGGCCAUGUUGAUUGAAAGGUCAUUCGAUGAGGGUAAAACUUGGAGGGUUUAUCGCUAUUUUGCAUAUGACUGCGACGAUUCCUUUCCCGGUGUUAGCAAAGCACCGCAAAAUAAUAUUACUGAUGUUAUCUGUGAAUCGAGAUACUCUGCUGUGGCUCCAUCGACGGAGGGAGAGAUAAUUUACCGUGUCCUACAACGCGUCGCCGAUAUUAAGGAUCCAUACGCUCCGGAAAUUCAAAAUCUUUUAAAAAUGACCAACUUGCGAAUUAACCUGACUCGAUUGCACACCUUGGGCGACGAUCUUCUCGAUAAAAGGACAGACAUCCAGGAGAAAUAUUACUAUGCCAUUUACGACAUCAUCGUCCGAGGGUCCUGUUCAUGCUAUGGGCACGCCUCCCGCUGCCUCCCCCUCGAAGGGGUGGAAGACCGCACGGACAUGGUGCACGGUCGGUGUGAGUGUACGCACAACACGAAAGGGUUAAAUUGCGAAAAGUGUGAAGAUUUCUAUUGGGAUUUACCCUGGAAGCCGGCCAUCGGGAAGGAGACGAACGCUUGCAAAAGAUGCAACUGUAACAACCAUGCGGCAAGUUGCCACUUUGAUAACGCCGUUUUUGAAGCUUCUGGUCGAGUUAGUGGCGGUGUUUGUGACAAUUGUCAACACAACACGGUCGGGCAUAAGUGUGACCAGUGCAAAACGUUCUUCUAUUUGGCAUCGGAUCGCAAAAUUGAUGAUGAAGACGCCUGCAUUCCGUGCGACUGUGAUGACCGAGGCUCGCUGGACACUGGGAUUUGUGACUCUCGAUCCGACACGGAAAACGGUUUAACGGCAGGAAAUUGUCACUGCAAGGAGCACGUUGUUGGGCGUCGAUGUGACCAAUGCCAACCUGGCUUUUGGAACCUUACGGAGGAGAGUAUUGUAGGAUGCGAAUCUUGUACAUGCAAUCUCCUCGGAACUGUGGGGAACCAAGGAUGCAACAUGGUCACGGGAGAAUGUACGUGCAAACGGUACGUAACUGGGCGAGACUGCAACCAGUGCUUACCCGAAUACUGGGGACUUUCGGACGAGAGGGAUGGAUGCAAACCGUGCGAUUGUGACAUUGGAGGAGCAUACGAUAAUUUCUGUGACGUUAUAUCCGGCCAGUGUCGUUGCCGACCUCACGUUGCUGGAAGAAAUUGCAGUCAACCAGAGCAAGGAUAUUUUGCUGGACAUUUGGAUUUUAAAGUUUAUGAAGCUGAAACAGCAAGAACGCCCAACUCUCCCAUCGUGAUCCGUGAACCUUACCGUGAUGGACGUGACUCGACGUGGAGUGGACCUGGAUUUGUGCGUGCCAAUGAAGACUCAUUCAUCGAGUUUGAUGUCACCGAUUUGACCACGACGAUGGAAUACGAUCUUGUCAUUCGUUACGAGCCACAGCAACCAGGCUGGCAAGAUGUCAACGUGCUUGUCCUCCCACAAGACGAAUUAGACCAAGAAGGACCUUGUUUUGGAGCGCAGUAUCAAACCGGGCCGACAAGAGUGUCCUUAAAUUCGGAUGCCAGAGAGGCCCUCAUGUACGUUCCGCUCUGCCUCGAAGCAAAUAAACAUUACAAAAUUCGUCUCGAUUUCACACCUUCCAGUGAGAAACCUCAAACUUCAAUUUUGAUAGAUUCGAUCGUCCUCAUGCCGAAAACUGACAAGCUCCCAUUUUUCAUGGGCACCCAAAUGAACGACUACCGACGCCAGUUGUUUGAUAGUUAUCGAUGCGGCUCUUCCUUUGCGAGUGCUUCGAGAUACCCGGUUCCCGAAGAAUGCAAACGACUCCUCUACAGCGUCGGGUAUGCCGUGUACGACGGUGCUUUCGAGUGCAGUUGCGAUCCUACGGGAUCUACCUCCGCCAUCUGCGACUCGCUCGGGGGACAGUGCUCCUGCAAAUUGAACGUGGUAGGAAGAACGUGCGAUAAGUGUGCCGCAGGAACGUAUGGAUUUGGUCCGGAAGGGUGUAAACCCUGUGAAUGCAACCCUAUCGGAUCUUUGGACAACUUUUGCGACAUUCAAUCCGGUCAAUGUAGAUGUAUUCCGAACGCUUACGGCGUCCAGUGCGGCCAGUGUCAACCCGGCUACUGGAAUUUCCCCAACUGCCAACAAUGUAAUUGCAACGGACAUGCUGACACUUGCGAAUCUGAGACGGGAACUUGCACCAGUUGUCGGGAUAAUACGACUGGAACGACUUGCGACCGAUGUGUUGAAGGACAUUAUGGUGACCCACGGCUUGGGAUUGACAUCCCGUGUCGGGCUUGUCCAUGUCCUGGGACGAUGGACAGUGGACACUCGUUCGCUUCUCGGUGUGCUCUCGAUAGGUUGACGAACGAUGUGAUUUGCGAGUGUCAGGAAGGCUAUCAGGGUCCUCGUUGUGACGCCUGUGCCGACAACUACUUUGGAAACCCAGACGUCCCCGGUGGGCAGUGUCGACCGUGCAGUUGUAACAACAAUAUUGAUAUUGCUCGACCUGGAAAUUGUGACUUGAAAACGGGAGAAUGUAUCCAAUGUCUCUUCAACACGGAGGGAUUUACAUGUGAAUCGUGCAAGGCUGGAUUUUAUGGGGAUGCUGUCAACCAAAUGUGUAGAAGUUGCGUGUGCGACAUUCUGGGCACGAAUGCUACAUCUUGGCCCUGUGACCGAAGUACUGGACAAUGUCCCUGUCUGCCUAACGUCAUCGGAGUGUCAUGCGACCAGUGCGAGGACAAUCACUGGAAAAUAGCGAGUGGAGAGGGUUGCGAACCGUGUGAUUGUGACCCAAUCGGAUCACGGAGUUCGCAGUGUAACUUGUACCACGGACAAUGCGAGUGCAAACCAGGAUUUGGUGGAAGAAAGUGCGACCAAUGUCAAGCCGAUUAUUGGGGAAAUCCCAACGUGGAAUGUUAUCCUUGUCAAUGUAACGAGUGGGGAUCAUCGACCUCUCAGUGCGACCGUGUCAACGGAAGUUGCGUUUGCCAUCCCGGCAUCGGUGGUGCGAAGUGUGACGAAUGUGCUCGUGGUUAUAUCGGAUCCGCUCCCAGUUGUUCCCCGUGUGGAGAAUGUUUCGAAAAUUGGGACAGAAUUAUUGGGAAUUUGAAAACUCAAACCACCAAAGUUGUCGAUGCAGCCUCCCAAAUAAAACAGCAAGGUGCAACGGGAGCGUAUACUAAAGAGUUUGAUUCGAUGAAGAACAGAGUGGACGAGGUGAAACGACUCUUGGAAAGCUCGAGUAUUAGCAGUACCGAUUUGGACACGUUAGGAUCCAUGAUUUCCGAAAAGAAGGCCGUCUUUGGAAACACGUCAGUCGAACUGGACGAGGUUGAAGCCUUGCUGACCAACAUUUCGCAACGAAUCCUCUCCACAAACGUGUCUCUGGAUGCUUUGGAAAGAAAGGUUGACGCUCUCCAGUCAUCUGCAGAUUCGUUGAGAAAUACCUCCAUCAAUUUACAAGAAGCUAAUGUUGAGGGAGCCCUGAACAUCACACGAGACGCCAAACGCCGCUCAGAUGAUGCCGUCCGUCGUGCCAACGAUGUACAAAAAGCGCUCAGUGACUCGGAACGACAACGACGUCGAAUUGAAGCACUUUUAAAUCAAAUCGGACCACAAAUGAACCGUACGCAAGAAGAGGUUGCCGACACGUUGAAGAAAUUGGAUGGAAACAUGGCCAACAUUACGACCGCCUUCCCCGCCUUGAACACGCUCGUCUGCGACCGUGCCGGUGACCCUUGUGACUCUCAUUGUGGAGGGGCUGGGUGUGGAAAAUGUGGUGGAUUGUCGUGCGAAGGGGCCGUGACGAAUGCAGACAAUGCUCUCAAGUAUGCACAAGAUGCGUUCACCGAGCUCAAAAGGAAAGAUGCGGAUGCGGAAGAUUUGUUGAGAACGGUAACUCAAACAAAACUGGAUGUGGAUGAAGCUAAGGACUUGGCCCAGACUGUUUUCAAUGAAGUUUCCAAAGCUAAAAAUGUCUCAGAAAAGGCCAAAACUAGUUUAGAAGAUAUGGAGGAUGAGAUUAAAAAGUUUCUGGAUAUUUUGGCCAACACACCGGAAGAAAUUCGUACUUUGGCCAGCGAUGUUCUAGCACAAAACAUUAGCCUAAAACCGGAACAGAUAGACGAAUUAGCGGCUGGUAUUCAGGAAAGUAUCAACAGUUUAACCGACAUUGAUGAAAUUAUCAGAUUAACUCACGGAGAUUUAAGAACGGCUGAAACUUUAAAAAAUCAUGCAGAUAAGGCGGCAGGGGAAGCUAACAAAGUUCUUCAGGAAGCCAUCCACGUCCGAGAUGAACUUAAAAAGACCAAGGACGCGCAGAAAAGUGCUGAAGCAGCGAUUGACGAGGCUCGCGGUCAUAUCACUGCAGCCGACACGGAUUUGAAACAGAUUGGAAGUGAGACCACCGCCGCGGAUAAAACAGCAUCCGAAUCACUCAUGGAAAUUGAACAAUUAAAACGACGAUUAGAAGAAUUGCAGAGGAAAAAUUUACAAAAUGAGCGACGCCGUGACCAAGCCAAGAAUGAGUCCGAGUCAGCAUUACAAAAUGCCACCGUUGUGCAAGAAAAUGCUGCCACAUUGAAAUCAGAAUAUGAUCGAGUCAAGAAAACUUUGCAGGCGAAGCUUGCCCUGUUUGCAGGUGCUGAACAAAAAGAUGGUUUGCAAAACAGAGCAAACCGUUUAGCCAAUAAUGUCAGCGACAAAUUGAAAGAACUUCAAGAAAUGGAGAGAGAAUAUAUUGAACAUGAGAGAAGAUCGGAUGAUUUAGCGAGAGAAAUAGAUUCCUUAUCCAGACAAAUGGAAGAACAUUUACGAGCAAUUCGGCAAAUCGAAGAAUAUCACAGAACAUGCAACUCGUAAGAUUAUAGCUCCAUUUUAAUCUAUCUCAAGUUUUUUAACCUUUACCACUACCAGCUAAUAUUUACAUAAUAGUCAUGAUAUAAAUGUCACCAGAUGAGAAAAUGUAUGUAUACACUAAGAAUUAAUUAGGUAAAUUAAUUGUAUGCAGCUCGCUAAAAAUCCUCAUAAUUUAUACCAACCAACUCAAUUGAUAUUCAAGUUUUAAAAAAAUUCGAUAUAUGAUAAAUAUACAGACACAUUUUGAGUCGGAACGUAUGUAGUUUUUAUGCUUAUGUAUGUAACAAAAAAGCUGUUAAACUGCCAUAAUAAUUAAUUUUUGAGUUAUUAAACUCUCUAAUACUUACUCUUCCACACGUGCCAUGCCAAUUAAAUAGUCUGAAAUAAUAAUACCAGAUUUUUUACUGAGAUAAAAAUCAAAAGCCAAUUAUUAUAAUUAUAUAGCUAACUUAUGUAUUUGACAAUCAUUCAGAAAUCACUGCCAUUCAUGUGACAAAAUUGUUAAUUUUUACUGCUUUAUUAUGUUUUCUCUUUAAAUAGUCAUAAGUAUGUACUUAUGCUUAAUUGUGGAUGGGAUAAAUAUGUAUGUAGAAAAAUAAAUCAGUUCAAUAUUUUGGAUACGGUGCAGAAAGAAUUUGAUGAUUUGUACUUAAAAAUGUGCAUGCAAAUUAAGUAAUGCCGAAGAAAAAGGGUAUGAAAUGAAAUGAUAACAAGUUGAUUAAUUAUUAUGUUACAAAUGUAUUCAGUUUAAUUUAAGGUUAUGUAUGUAUUUUAUGAAAUUUGUUAAUACGCUGUGUAUUUUAUGAUGAUACAAAUGUUAUUUACUUUUAUGCAUUUACGACGGAAAUGAAUGAAUAAAUGUUGGAAAUUUUGAAUUAGACAAAAU